ACUCAACUUCAACUGAAUUUCACCCUAAAAAGAUUUUUGUAUAAAAAUGGUGGCAUAUUUUCCCUCUAAACUUAGAAUUGCAGUUCUACCCAAUACCAGAGCCAUAGAAGUUGAAAGAAUUAACAACAAAACCAUUAUCUCGGGUAUUGAGGCAGAACUUAUAAAACUAUUGUCACAAGGAAUAAAUUUCGAAUAUGAGAUUCUUGCUCUCUCAGACGAAUCUUACGGAAUCAAGGAUACGUUUGGAAACUGGACAGGAAUGGUCGGAAUGCUCGCAAGAAAUGAAGCUGACAUGGCCAUCUCGCUAAUAGGUAUCACCGAAGAGAGGUCAACUGUAGUGGAUUUUAGCUUACCUUACCACUAUAUCGAAAAAACAUUUAUGAUGAAUUAUGCUUCAUUCUUGCCAAAAACGGCAGCAUUCUUGUAUCCUUUCAGCACUUUCACGUGGAUUUUAAUUUUGAUCGUACUGCUCUUUAUGACAGUGCUAUUUCGAACUUUGAUAUCGCCAAAAGAUUCCCUUACUUCUGUUUUCUUCGAUUUGUGGGGAUCUUCUUUCGGACAAGGAACGAACUACAACCCUCGUUCAAUGUCCAGGCGUAUACCACUUGGAAUUUGGCUCAUUUAUUCAUAUGUUCUGAUACUCUGUUACAGCUCAGUUCUGUUAUCAUUUUUGACAUCCCCCAUCAGAAGGAAACAAAUGAGCAAUUUCAAGGAUCUCUACACCGCAAUCAGAGAGGGUGGAAUGGAAUGCCGAGCAGCGAUUCAUACACAGGAAGCAGAUUAUUUGUCGAAAAGCAGUAUACCCUAUAUGAAAGGAUUAGGGGAAUACAUUAAAAAGAAUGAAUGGUAUUAUCGAUCUCUUAGUAACACAAGAGUUCCGGAACAUGUGGCAAUAAUUGGGUCACCCAUUAUGUUUCACGCAUUUAUUGGGUCCUCUGAAAAGUAUUUUUAUUCGAAGGACGUUUUUGAAAGUUUUCCGAUGGGGGUUGCAAUCAGAAAAGGCUUUUGCUGCAAAGAGCGCUUCAAUACAAUCCUACUCCGGAUUUUAAGCGGUGGCUUAUAUAAUAAAUUCAUAGACACUAUCAACUACAAAAUGGAAGUCUUGAGAAAGUUUAACACUGACCACUCUCAGAGUGUAUCAGUUUUAAAGUUAUCGGAUUUAAGUGGAGUGUUUAUUAUUCUUGGGAUAGGUUGGACAACUGCUAUUUUUACUUUGGUAAUGGAAAUCACCUACAGUCGAUGGUUACGCUCAAAACCCCGCCAAACCUGA